AUGGGUCUCUCAAGUGGCGGAACCAGCGUCCGGCCAGGUAGGGCAGCUGCCCAGGCUCCGCCCGACCAUGCUUCACCAUCUCGCGAUGGAGAUCUUCUAUGGCCAUAUUCCGACACACCAUACCGUAAACAGAUACACACCGCAACACCACUCUUGCCUUUCCGGUUUCCGUUCAAUCAAUUAUCGGUUGUGGUGUUGAAUUUGUUGUUUCGUGCUAUGUCCACCAAGUGUUCGGCUGGUUAUCGUCACAUUGAUUGUGCUCAAGUCUAUGGCAACGAGAAGGAGAUUGGCUCUGUAUUGAAGAAACUGUUUGAUGAUGGCGUAGUGAAACGUGAAGAUUUGUGGAUUACCUCGAAACUCUGGGCAGCUUCCCAGGCUCCGCCUGACCAUGCUUCACCAUCUCGCGAUGGAGAUCUUCUAUGGCCAUCUUCCGACACACCAUACCGUAAACAGAUACACACCGCAACACCACUCUUGCCUUUCCGGUUUCCAUUCAAUCAGUUAUCGGUUGUGGUGUUGAAUUUGUUGUUUCGUGCUAUGUCCACCAAGUGUUCGGCUGGUUAUCGUCACAUUGAUUGUGCUCAAGUCUAUGGCAACGAGAAGGAGAUUGGCUCUGUAUUGAAGAAACUGUUUGAUGAUGGCGUAGUGAAACGUGAAGAUUUGUGGAUUACCUCGAAACUCUGGAAUACUGAUCAUGCUCCAGAAGAUGUACUACUGGCAUUGGAUAGGACUUUGAAAGACUUACAGAUUGAUUAUGUUGAUUUGUAUCUUAUCCACUGGCCCGCUCCGCUGAAGAAAGGAUCAGUAGGUAUCAAGCCUGAAAAUCUUGUGCAACCAAAUAUUGCCAGCACAUGGAAGGCAAUGGAAUCACUCUAUGACUCUGGCAAGGCGCGAGCUAUAGGUGUAAGCAAUUUCUCUACCAAGAAGUUGGGGGAUUUGCUGGCGGUUGCUCGUGUUCCUCCAGCUGUCAAUCAAGUCGAGUGCCACCCUUCUUGGAGGCAGGACAAGCUGCAGGAUUUUUGCAAUUCGAAAGGUGUCCAUCUCUCUGGAUAUUCACCUUUGGGUUCCCCUGGAACCACCUGGCUUAAUGAGCACGAAAGCGAUGCCACAUGGUUUUCCAGAGGAACUAUUGAAAGGUAUGGCUUGUUAUCAUAA